AUGCCGGGGGGAUGGAUCAAAGCAGGAACCCUUGCCGACGGGGACCUGCUCAACGAUACCCUUGAGUCUGAGUUGAUAGAGGCGGCCGCCUACGACGACGACGAUGCCUCCCAGGGUACGUACAUACUUCAGGUACUUCACGGAGACUACGCUCCAGAAGGCGGCGUGCUUCUCACAGCGCGCUACCUUGCAGCGAAAGACGACUAUUAUAAUUAUUGGAUGCGGUCUGGAGGCCGCCCAAUAAAAGACGUCUACCACGUGUGCGCAGCUGCUGGGUGCAGGGGGGGGCCAAAAGGACAAAUCCAUAUAGAGUCCUGGAGGCCACUCGGCCGCGAGGACAUCGAGGAGGGCAGGCUCGCCUGGGCGGCGAAGCCAGGACUCCAGAAACGGAUUCUGGAGGCCCUGCGCGAGGGGGCUGAGCCAGGGGGAGAGAGCGGUGCCGAACGCCGCGGCGGCGAGGCGACGCCGCUGGCCGACGGGGAGCGUCCCCCUGGCCGGUCGCCGAGUGGCCGCCCAGCGGCGGAGCCACGAGCGGAGGCUCUGGGCGAGCCUCCGCCUGCGGGGCGCGGGGCCCCCGACGGCGCGUUGUGGGCUGGCGCCCGCAGCGUGCGACCCCGGCGUGGGGUCGGGGAAGAGCUAGAGGAGCUCCGCGCUGGCCUGGAGGAAGGCAACAACCGCCACGGCCUGGACAGGCCAGACCGCGCCCGCGGGCACAGGAGCAGGCGCCGAGCCCGCGCCGCGGAGAGCGGCGCAGCCCGCCCCGCCGUGAGGCAGCGAGUCCGCGGCGCGGGGGAGAGCCCAGCCCGCGCCGCCGCGAAGCGGCGAGCCCGCGCGGCCGGGAACAGGGCGCAAGGGAGCGGUCAGGAGACGGGCCCCGCCGGCGCCGCCGCCGUUGGCGACCGCUCGAGCACCACGCAGGGGCGGUUGAUGCGCUUCGCGCGCGAGAACCAAGGCAGGCUGGCCGAGAAGCUACUGUGGAAAAUGGCCAGCAGGGUUACUCCUGGGGGAGAGGCGGACUCCGACUCCGAGAACCAGACAGGAGCCGCACCGGCGGUCGCUUCGGCGUACCACUUGAGGGUGCUGUCCACGCAGCAGCCGCCCCUCUCGAAGCGCAACGCGAACGAGAUGCGGCUCAUGUGCAAAAUGCUCGACCUGCUCAGCCGCAACAAGGUCAAGAGAGCCAUGGACUUCGCAGCCCAGCACUUGAAAGCCAUCGAGCAGUCGGUGGCAGACGGGGGCUGGACCAGAGCCCGCUUCCUCGAAUUGUUCGAGGAGGAUGCGCCGUCCCUCGUCGGCAGGGGGGAGAAGUACAUGAUGCGGUCGGAGGUCCGAGCCGAGCAGGCACUCGCUCUCCGGAGCGGCUCGGGCCCGAAAGGGGCACCAAAGGGCGCCCGCUCGGACGAAGCUGGCGCAGCGGUCAACGGGGCGACGGAGAGCCGCGGCAAGGGCGAGGCCUUCAGCGGGAAGGGCUUCAGCUUCGGCGCGGCCUCGAAGAGCAAAGCGAAGGGGAAAGACAAGGCGGCAGUGUGGUGCAUGACGGUAGCCCUCAACUUCGUCGCACAAGCAGCAUGGGCGGGAGACGCGAAAGUGCACGCCUCGGACCGAGAAUGGUACAAAAUCGUGAAAGAGGGCGCUGCCAGAGGCAUUUUCGCCGAGGUCCCAGAAGACAAGAUUUUCCGCGACCCUUCAGGCCGGCUGGUCGUCAACGGGGCAAUGGGCAUCGACAAGCCCCCCAAAUCUUCCGAAGAAGGGGAAACGCUGUUGCGCUUCAUCUCCAUCUUCACACCGAUCAACGCGUAUUUACGCAAGCUCCGUGGAGAUGACCACACUCUCCCGGUAGCGGCGCUACUCAGCGCUUGCAUUUUGGAAGAUGGGGAAGAGUUCUGGGACGACGCUGAAGACCAAAAGGGCUGCUUCAACAUCUUCCGGCUCCCGGAAGAGUGGCUGGGGUAUUGCGCGUACUCCAAGCAGGUCCCAGCGUCAGCGUUCGGUGGGGAUCCGAACAGGCUAGCUUGGGUUGCUAUGCGUUGCGUUGCGAUGGGGUCAAAAAUCGCUGUAUCGAUCAUGCAGCGGGUCAUGCGGGUCCUGGUGUUCGAAGAAUCUACCGUCGACGCGGCCACGGAGCUCAGGCGAGACGCGCCGGUGCCCGAGGAUAGCGUGAGCGUCGUUUGUCUCGACGGGUUCGACUUCGUGCGGAAAGCCCAAACGCGGCUCCAGCACCUCCAGGCGCCAGAAUCGGAAGAACACAUCGCCUUCGUUGGCACGUGUGCCCGAUAUGGCAUCCCCCUCAACCCUGCGAAGUCUUUGGUGGCGAAGCUCAAUGCGGGCAUCCUCGGCGGUCUUCUGCGGGGGGACAAGGGCUGGCUGGCGGUAGCGCCGGACAAGGCCCGAGCACUAGCAUUCAAAGGCGCGGUCCUGGCCACGCAAAGCUCCUGGAGCGCUGGCGCGCUCCAGCAUUGGGCCGGGCAGGCUUGUUUUGCCGCCGGCUUCCGCAGGCCUCUCUUCGCGGUGCUCGAACAAGUCUUCCCGACCAUUCAGUUGGCAGCAAGUGGGCCUAUUCAGGCCAGCGCAGCAACCAUGGACGAAAUCAUUGCCUUCACAUUAUUGCUGCCUCUAGCAUACACAAACUUGCGGGCGCAAGUGAAAAGAGCAAUCUCGUGCACGGAUGCGUCGGAACACGGGGGAGGGGCGGCCGAAGCUACCACCUUCGUCCGCACUCAGGACCCGCAGCGCGCCGCGCGCUUCGAAGCGCACUUUGCGAGGCUGGCGGAAGACUCCUCCAGGGCGACCGGAAAGUCCGCGGGCUGCGUCGUGUGCGGCACCUCCCUGCCAGAAAACGCUUGGGCCGGCAAUUUUGCGCGCUGUCCGGCAGCGUGCGGCGCGGUCAUGUGUUCGGUGGACUGCGUGCUCACGCACCGCCGGGUAAGUUGCGACUUAGCGGGGGAGAGGCUAUUCAGCUUCUUCGAGGGCCACUCCGGCCCCGAUGCCCUGCUUACGUGGGCCGUAGCCUGCUCAGGCGUGGAGAUUUGUCUCCCCCUCGACCCCACCAGGGUCCCCUACUCGGAGGUGCUCCGAGAAUCGGGGCGCAAACACAUCCACUUGGAAGCGGAUGACGAGGCCACAGCUUGGGAGCAUUGGAAUGCAUCCCCGGAGUGGCAGGCGCACUCGCGCUCCCUUUCGGCGCCCGGGGGAAAGCCCGCCAAAAUCGGCAGCCUUGCGUUCGCAAGGUUGCAGUGGAGGCUCGCCAACUGGGGGUUUGCAGUCGUGCAAGCCCCCGCGCAUGACCCUCUGUGGUACACCCCGGAAGCUCUCGCGGUGAGCCGCCGCGCAGGGGUGCACGAAACAGCCGUCGUCCUUGACUACGGGGGCGCCGGCGGCCAGCAGGAAGUUUGGUUCCUGCACAACUGCCGGGCACUGUGCACGGUGCUUCCAGGCGCGCCAGGCCAGGCUACUUCAAGAGAGGCUUUCCGAACGGCAUACGCCGGAGCCGUCACCCAGGCCUUGAAAGACCUAGGGGCCGGCACGCUGCCGCUGCAGCCCACCAGUAGACCAGAAUGGAUCCGCGACCAAUUGGCGCAGGAGCGCCGCAAGGCCUACAGCGAAG